AUGGGCCUCCCGGAGGUUCAGGAGCGCAUCGACCAGCUGUACGGCGAUCGCAAUGCGAAGAACUUUCGCGAAGGCCUGGGCAAAGGAUUGGUAUCAGUCGGUAAGGGCGUGUUCGCCGGCGUCGGAGGGCUCAUCGUGGCGCCGGUCGCGGGGCUGGUGCAGCAAGGCGGCGUCGGGCUAAUCAAGGGAACGUUUUUGGGGGUUGCAGGUGCCGUCGUUUUGCCGACCGUUGGGAUCGUGCAAGGCGUGCGGCAGCUGGGAGAGGGGAUUAAGAACACUCCCGACGCGGUUCGGGAGAUGAUGAAAAAGGAUAAGUGCGAGGAGGAGGCGGAGAAAGCGGAGGUGGUGGAGGAUGCCGAAGCGGAUAAGGUCAACGAAGAGACGUACUCGCACACGCGUGAAGCUGUUGAGAAAGUCGCGCUCGAAGACGAAGCCGCGAAGUCCGCCGCGAAACCCGCGGAACCUUCCGAAGCCGCCGCGGCGGCGCCCGCAGAAAAACGGGAGAAGCGGGAGGUUAAGGAGGAGGAGCUGUAUAUGGUUCUGGAGGUGCCGACCGACGCGACGUCCGCGGAGAUCAAGAAGGCGUACUUUAAGACGUUAGGACAACAUUCAUCCCUUCUCGACCCAUCUUUCCCGUCCCCACCUUUCCACGCACUGUACCCCCUUUGUCGCUCGCACGUUGAUUUGCGUCCGCAGCUAGCGCGUACGUGCCAUCCCGACAAGGUCCCUGACGACGAAGCCGCCAAGGCCAAGUUCCAAGCCAUCGGCGAGGCGUACCAAGUCCUCAUGGACCCCGAGUCGCGCGAGAAGUACGACCGCUUCGGCCGCGUCGCGCUCGACGGCACAUUCAUGGACCCCGGCUAUUUCUUCACCAUGUCCUUCGGCGCGGAUAAGUUCAAGCCGCUUGUCGGAGAGCUUACUAUCGCGCACACGGCGGCGGGGAAUCUGACAGUAGAGGAGGUGAAGAGGUGGCAGGUGAAGAGAGAGAAGGAGCUCGCGGCGAUUCUGGUGAAGCGGCUGGAGCCGUGGAUGUCGGACGACGAGGAGGGGUUUGUGCGGGACGCUGUGAAGCAGGUGGACGAGCUCAAGGGCAAGGCGUUUGGCGUCGCGUUCCUGCAGUGCAUCGGCUACACCUACUACACGCGCGCGCAAGUGCUGCUAGGCAUGACGGUGAUGCUUGGCAUUCCGAAUUUCGUGAAUGCGGCCAAGGAGUCCAACCACGCGAUGAAGACUCGCCACAACGCCAUCGGCGCUGCGUUCAAGCUAGUGGACAUGCAGGUCACGGUGGACCCCAGCAAGGCCCCUAGCGAGCAGCAUUCAUUGCCUCUCCGUGCUUCCCGCCACAUCACCUCCCUCUAUCCCCCUGUCCCUCCACCACGCUUGCGGACAUGCAGGCUGGCGGACAUGCAGGUCACGGUGGACCCCACCAAGCCACCCAGCGAGCAGCCCAACAUGGCCGAGUUCCUCAACUCCGUCUGGAUGAUUAGCGUGCUGGACAUAGAAAGUACACUGCGUCACGUGGUGGAGCUCGUAGUGAAAGACAAGACUGCUUCUAAGGAGGACAGGAAGAAGAGGGCCAGUGGAAUCAUGCGCUUGGGGAAAAUCUUCCAAGAAGCAUAG